AAAGUGAGACGAAAACGCUGCUUUCCAUUCGCUCUCUUCUUCUUCCCGUCCUUCGCGCUCCGGAAACUGCUCUAGUAGUGCCGCCGUAUUCAGCCUCCGGUGGUUCUGACCCACGAGCCAGCGAGCGACGUGAUUCGUGGCGGCGUGUUCAUCUGCACAACAGUUGAGUGCUUCUUGGGAGUUCGACAAUCUCCACGCUCUAAUCGACGCCAGAUUCGAACACCCACACGCCGGGCAUCCCCAAAUCGGUUCACCCAAAUCCUGUUCGGUUUGCAUUGUCAGAAUCGAGGCAAGCGUUCCAGUUCGUUUCGGUCUGAUGAUUUACACAGCCAUCGACACCUUUUAUCUCACUGAUGAGCAAUUAACGAACUCACCUUCGAGAAAGGAUGGGAUUGAUGAAGCUACUGAAACCUCCCUGAGAAUCUAUGGUUGCGAUCUCAUCCAGGAGGCUGGCAUAUUGCUUAAAUUGCCUCAAGCAGUCAUGGCUACUGGGCAAGUUCUAUUCCAUCGUUUCUAUUGCAAGAAAUCAUUUGCCCGCUUCAAUGUCAAGAAAGUUGCUGCUAGUUGCGUGUGGCUUGCCUCGAAGUUGGAGGAAAACCCUAGGAAAGCCAGACAAGUAAUUAUUGUUUUUCAUAGAAUGGAAUGUAGGAGAGAGAACUUACCCAUUGAUUUCUUGGACCCUACUCUCAAGAAAUAUGCAGACUUGAAAACGGAGUUAAGUAGAACAGAGAGACAUAUAUUGAAAGAGAUGGGUUUCAUUUGUCAUGUUGAACAUCCGCAUAAAUUCAUAUCUAACUACCUUGCAACGCUUGGAACACCUCCAGAACUGAGGCAAGAAGCUUGGAAUCUAGCCAAUGACAGUUUACGUACAACAUUGUGCGUUCGAUUCAAGAGUGAGGUUGUUGCUUGUGGGGUUGUACAUGCUGCUGCUCGAAGAUUUCAAGUACCCCUUCCUGAAAAUCCACCUUGGUGGAAGGCAUUCGAUGCAGAGAAGUUGGGAAUUGAUGAAGUCUGUCGAGUUUUGGCCCACUUGUAUACCCUUCCUAAGGCACAAUAUAUCCCAGUCUGCAAGGAUGGAGACACAUUUACAUUUUCUAAUAAGUCACUGGAUUCACAAUCCCUUCCGGUCUCCAAGGAAGUUCCACGGAGCAGCCCAACAGCUAACGAUGGUGCUUCUAUUGCAAAAGCCAUCGCGGGAACUAAUCCUGAAUCAGGUGGGUCCAAAGAUGAGAUGGUUAAGUCAUCCUUACACAAGCUCAAGGAAUCUAAGAAGUGUGAUGAUGACUCCAAGAGCGUUCUGCUUGAAGCCACUUCUAGGGAGGAGCUUGUGCCUAAAUCAAAACCUGACCGAAGAGCUGAGAAUGGUGAAAAGAACAAGGAGAGAGAAAGAGAUAGGGAUAGGGAAAGAGACAGAACCAAGUCUCGAGAUCGAGAUAGGGGACGAGAAUCUGACAGAGAACGUGAGAGAGAGGAUGCAGACAGAGAGAAAGUCAAGGACCGAGCUCAUCGCUCGAAGGAUAGGAGCAAGGAGUUGGGAGGGCAUUUGGAGAAAUCAAGGCACCACUCAUCGCGAGAUCUUGAUUACCAUGGCUCAUCAUAUUCUUCCCGCGAUAAAGAACGCCAUAGGCAUCAUUGAUAGAAUGGAAUCAGGUCAAUCUUCUAUGAUAGGAGGGGUGGCAUAGACAAGGCAGCAUGGGCUUGGUCUCUCUUGGAUUUGUACCAACUCCAAGUACAGUACAGUAUUGCAGAUAGAUGGAGUGUCAACAGAUUUAGUGAGAAUUCUUAUUUUUGGUAUACGCCCACCUUGAUUUGACAAUUAUGUGUUCACCAUUUUAGAUGACUAAUUUGCAGGUUUAGAGCCACUAAGAAGUAUGAACUCGAAACGUAUGAAGAAGCUUAUAGGGGGCUAUAAUGAAUAUGUACUUGGAAUGCGAAAUUACAAAGUUGUAGCAUCUACUCUGGUUAUCAUUAAUUUGUUUGUGUUUUCUACCCCAUCUCUGGUUUUCCGGAAUUGAUUACUCUCUCAGGAAUUCCAUGCUGAAAUUGAGGUGUGCCAGAAAUGUAACACAAUGGCAGCAUGAAGGUUUGACAGUGGCCAUGAGCAUUUGAAGUAUAUUAGCAGACAGACCUUUCUCUGUUCGUUUGACCAUUCUUCUCAAGGUGUGGGUACUUUGAAUGCCAUGUCUAUUUAGUUUCUGUUUAAACUAGUUUAAACCGUGUGUUAAGGACAUGUUAUUGAGCAAUAAUAGCAGAAUGCAAUUUUGACACGAGGUA